AUGGAGCAGCAAUGGGGCUUGAUAUAUGAAUGCAAAAGGAUCAAGCUGGACAAAGCAUCUAGGAACAGUAAGGUGAAGCCUAAAGUCAAUGGCAGCCCAGAAGAACAAAAUGUAGAAAAAAAAUACUAUUACAUUAUCAGAUAUGAGAUGCACUGUAAAAACAAUGUAAUAUGCCAAGCAGAAUUGGACUUUGUGAAUCCACAUGUCAUUCUGGCUGCAAUAUACUCCUGCAGUGAUGAGCCUUGCUUGGCCACCUCCAUGCCAGAUCACUGCAAUAGUUGCCAAGGUAAACAGCUGCUUCACUAUGUGAAAAAUGUCCAUUUUAAAGCACAGAAUGGUGAUGAUAUAUUUUUUGAUGCAAAUGGUGACCCACCAGCUGUUUAUGAUCUGCUUCUGUGGCAUAUUAAAUUGGAUGAAACAUUGCAGUAUUUGGAGAUUGGCCAAUUUGAUUUUAACGCUAAAGAAGUCCUUACCUUCAAUAAUACUGCCUUUGUUGUAGCAUCUGGGAAAACAAAGUUUCCACGCUCUGCAUGCAGUAAAAGCUGUUCACCUGGAUACAGGAAAGUUAUUCAGCAAGGGCUACCGGCCUGCUGCUUUGACUGUGCUGCGUGUUCAUCUGGUGAGAUUUCCAACCAGACAGAUUCAAAUGACUGUUUUACAUACACAGCAGCUUACUGGCCUAAUGAACAGCGAGAUGCUUGUAUCCAAAAAGUAAUAUAUUUUCUAGCAUUUGAUGAACCCUUGGGGACAACUUUGGCUGUACUGUCUACAUUUAUUGCAUUUAUACCUGCUGCCAUUCUGUUAAUUUUUAUAAGAAGUAAAAAUACUCCAAUUGUAAAAGCGAACAACCGAGAGCUUAGCUAUCUUCUUCUAUUUGCUCUUAUCCUCUGCUUUCUUUGUUCCUUACUGUUCAUUGGACAGCCAACAACCAUAACUUGUCUUCUUCGCCAGGUCAUUUUUGGAAUUAGUUUUGCUCUCUGUGUCUCAUGUGUUCUAGCAAAAACAAUGAUGGUUAUCAUAGCAUUCAGAGCCACAAACCCAAACAGUAACCUGAGACAGUGGGUGGGGCCUAGAUUACCCUCUAUUGUUGUGUUCACCUGUACUUUACUUCAAGUUGUGAUUUGCUCUGCUUGGUUGGCUAGCACACCGCCAUUUCCAGAACACAACAUGACAUCUCAGAAUGGGAUUAUCAUCCUCGAAUGCAAUGAAGGAUCCAAUGUGGCUUUCUGGUUCAUGUUGAGUUAUAUGGGACUUUUGGCUGUAGCUAGCUUUGCUAUGGCCUUUCUGUCUCGGAACCUACCUGAUAGCUUUAAUGAAGCCAAGUUUAUCACAUUCAGUAUGUUGGUCUUUCUCAGUGUCUGGCUGUCAUUUAUACCAGCAUACCUGAGUACAAAAGGCAAGUUCUUGGUAGCUGUAGAAAUAUUUGCAAUAAUAUCAUCAAGUGCAGGUUUGCUUACUUGCAUUUUCAUUCCUAAAUGCAUAAUUAUACUGUUGCAGCCUGAAAAUAACAGCAGAGAUUAUUUAAUGAAAAGGGGUAAUAAAUAA